AUGUUCAAACUGACGUUCUGGAGAUGCCCCGUCAGGACUAUCAUCUCCCUGCUCAUCGUCUUCUCGCCCUCCAGUGUGCUCCGUGUUAACUCACAGCUUCCUUGCCCGGAUCAUGACACCAAGUAUGUCCGGGACCCGGACGAUUGCACCCGCUAUGUGGUCUGUGUGAACGGGCGAGCGUUCGUUAUGCCGCCCUGCACUGCUUCCACGAUUUGGUCCAACACCCUUCGGGCCUGUGUCCACUCGGGGUCGGCUCACGAUGACUGUACGUACGGGGUCCCGGAAUCGCAGACCGGAACUACCGAGAAGGACACGGACUACCCUACCACCAGGGCGGCCACACCCACCCGGGAAGUUUCGCAAAUAACGACGAAAAAUUACUGGACGUCUUCAAUAUAUUUUCCCACGACGACCCGAUCACCACCCCUACCGACGACCACUGCCCCUCCCCCACCCAUCACGUCUGCCCCGGCCCCACCCGAGCCAUCAGCCACGCCCUGGUCGGAUCAGGGCAGCUUAAGAGGCAGAUGUGGCAUCGCUCGCACUCCUUACAUCAUCGGCGGCAGUCCGUCAUCACAGGGAGUCUGGCCGUGGCAGGUGUCUCUUCAGGUGCGCAGUGACGUCUUAGCUCAUCGCUGUGGUGGUGUGCUGGUCACCUCACAGUGGGUACUCACCGCCGCUCACUGUGUGUAUGGCAUUUUUAGUGCGCCGCCCUUGUAUGUUGCUGUGAUUGGAGAGUACAACUUGGUGGAGCAUUCUGGAGACGAACAAUACCGAGGCGUGGAGAAGAUAAUCCGGCACCAUGACUACACGGCAGAGGGAGGCUAUCCUAACGACAUCGCUCUCGUGAAACUCUCGCAUUCUAUCGAUGGUCAGUACUCGGCCAUUCUCCCCGCGUGUAUCCCGUUCCAGGGUGAGGAGUACACAUAUCAGGACAACUGCUUCAUCACGGGUUGGGGAGAGACAGAAGGUCACACGGACAGACGAAUCCUACAUGAGCUUCCCAUACAGAUACGGUCCCGGGACUAUUGCCGGAAGGUGUGGGGAGACACAUACGUGGAGCACUCACACAUCUGUGUCGGAGACGGGGACACAGGGGCCUGCCAGGGCGACUCGGGUGGUCCGUUAGUCUGCCGCCGGCGGGGACGCUAUUACGUGGCGGGACUGGCUUCCUGGGCCGUGGUUGGCUGCAGAAGAGCGGGUUAUCCUAACGCUUUCACACGGGUCUCCAACUUCGUCACGUGGAUCGAGGAAACGAUAGAAAGGAAUUGA